UGUGCCAGUGACGAUCUGAUUGUCCCGUCGUUAAGUCGUCUAUAAGCACUUAAAAAAAAAAAUCUUAUUAUUCGGCAUAACGAUAACGCGGCGCCGCCUAAACUUUGCUCGUCGUAAGCAAAACGCUCUUCUUUCGUGUCAAGUCGUAUAUAGUAUAAUUUUUGUUUCUCUUUUUUUUUUUUACUAUAAUUAUUAUCCUUUUUUUUAAUUUUUUUUGUAUUACUAUUAUUCCUCGCGUCUGCCGCACGAGAUUUUUACUACGUACUCACACCGCGGCGGAUUUACUACGCUCGUAAAAUCGCGCGCGUUUUACGACCCGUCCCGGAAACGACGGAGAGACGAUGACCCUUUUUACGACAGAUUAAACGACGGUUAACAAGUGCGUUUUCUUUGCAUAGAAUAGCGAUAACAACAACAACAACAGUGCGAUCGUCUCGAGCAUGUACUCCGGUGAAGUCUGACUUGACUGACUUAUCGCGUCACGUGUGGAUAUUAUAUUAUAUAUAAAAAUAAUCAUAGUGUCGUUUCGAGCGACGGAAAAUUAUUAUAAGUAUUUGCCAAAAUAAGCGAAAACAAACAUGAAUUCCUAUUUUGAACAAAGUGGUUUCUACGGCGGACACCAUCACCACCAGUCGUCCGCCGGACACCAUCACGACCAGAACGCCGUGGCGGCCGCCUACAGGUUCCCCAUAGGCCUGGGCAUGUCACCGUACGCGUCCUCGCAACACCAUCACCAUCACGGUCUCUCGCAGACCAGGGCCCCGCAGGACAGCCCUUACGACGCAUCCGUGGCCGCGGCCGCCUGCAAGCUGUACGGUGCGGGUAGCGGCGGCGGCGGUGGUGGCGGCGGCGGCGGUGGCGGUGGCGGCAGCGGGUCCGACCAGACGACCGCCGUGUCCGCCUCGGCCGGACUCAACUACACCAAGACCGAACCUUGCGUGAAAACCGAUUCGUCGGCCGCCGUGGCACACCAAAACGGAUACUCGUCGUCGCCCAAAGAAGUGGUGUGGCCGGGCAACCCGGUAUCGGCCGCGGCCAACGGUUCCCUGUUACGUCCCAACGUUUGCACCCCCGAGUCCCGGGUGGGUUACGGUUCCGGCAACAGCGUUUCCGGUCUGGACGGCGGAGGCCCCGGUACCAGCCCUAACUCGGCGCGCAAUUCGGCCGGAUCCCUGUCCGCCUCCUGGAACAGUUGCGCCGGCAUCAACAACAACGGUCACCAGCAACAGGCGCUCCAGCUCAACCAGCAGCAGAACAACCACACGUUCUACCCGUGGAUGGCCAUUGCAGGUCAGUCUCUAGGCGCCAACGGACUUAGACGCCGAGGCCGACAGACGUACACCAGGUACCAGACGCUGGAGCUGGAGAAGGAGUUCCACACCAACCAUUACCUGACCCGCCGGCGACGGAUAGAGAUGGCGCACGCGUUGUGCCUGACCGAGCGACAGAUAAAGAUAUGGUUCCAGAACAGGCGGAUGAAGCUGAAAAAAGAGAUACAGGCCAUCAAGGAGCUCAACGAACAGGAGAAACAGGCGCAAGCGCAAAAGGCCGCCGUACUGGCCGCCGCUCAGGCCGCCGGCGAACGUUGAACGCGCCCACCGCCCAACCACCGACCCACCCCCCCCCCUACCCCAUACAGCGUGCAUUAUCAU